CGGGUCCGCAAGUACCAGAAGAGCACGGAGCUGCUCAUCCGCAAGCUCCCCUUCCAGCGCCUCGUCCGGGAGAUCGCGCAGGACUUCAAGACCGACCUCAGGUUCCAGAGCUCCGCCGUCUCCGCCCUGCAGGAGGCCGCCGAGGCGUACCUGGUGGGGCUCUUCGAGGACACCAACCUGUGCGCCAUCCACGCCAAGCGCGUCACCAUCAUGCCCAAGGACAUCCAGCUCGCCCGCCGCAUCCGAGGGGAGCGCGCUUAGGUUUUCGUCCGCCGCCGGUGAAACUG